AUGGCGAGUCUAGCGGGAGUUGUAGGGAUUGGGAUUACGGUUUUUCCACUUUGGUGCGUAGGAAUAGCAAGCAUCAUACUCUUUUACAUUUACAGUUUGAAGUCUCGGGAACGAUCGAGAUUUAGAGGCGCACCGGUGUGGCCGGUCGUGGGCGUGCUUCCUUCGUUGCUUCUCCAUUUCGGGCACCUCUACGAUUGGUUUACUUAUCUCGUCGUCAUAAACGGCGGAACGUUCAGGCUCCCCGGUCCUUGGAAAUUCCGGGUCUUCACGGCCGAUCCGGCAAACAUAGAAUACCUGCUGAAAACAAGGUACCACAAUUUCGGCAAAGGAGAGAUUUUCAAGGAAACGUUUCGCGACAUGUUUGGCGAAUCAAUUGUGGUGCAAGAUGGGGAGGCUUUCAAGCGCCUCAAUAUAUCGGUCGGUAAGGCGCUCGCCUCGCCGGCCUUCCGCAACGAUGCGGCCGCCUCCCUGCCGGCAGUGAUGCAGCAAAAUCUUGUUCCUGUCUUCUCCCACGCCUGUAAAAAAGCCGCCAUUAUCGACCUGCAAGACGUGUUCCACCGGCUUGCUUUGCACAAUGUAUGUCUCUUCGGCGCAGGUGUGGAACUUGGCUGGCUUACACCGGGUCUACCCAAAGUUCCAUUCUUGGAGGCCUUCGAAGAGGCUUUGCAGACACUUAUGCUUCGCCUGCUCAUGCCGCCGGUUUGCUGGAAAAUUUUGAGGUUCUUUAACGUUUUGUUUGAGGGUCGGCUUCUCAAGGCCAGAGAAACCAUCUACGACUUUGUUCUUCAACAAGUUCAUGCUCGCUGGCGCGCUAAGCAGGACGGGACUCAAGGAUCGGACAUCGGAUCAGCUUUCAUUCGCUUCGAGAGGGAAAGCGGGCGGCUUUAUUCUGACAAGGGAGUACACGAGUUAUUUGUGAGCCUCAUUUUGGCGGGCAAGGAUACGGUUACGCCGGGCCUCACCUGGUUCUUCUGGCUGGUAGCAAACAACCCCCGUGUUGAAGCCCAGAUUUUAGCAGAACUGCGAGAGAUCGUGAAGCAGAGGAAUAGUCUUGACGACCUCGACCCUUUUUCUUUUAGCUUUGAAGAAGUUAAGAGGAUGGAUUACCUGCACGCAACAUUGACGGAGUCUCUCCGCCUCUACCCGCCUAUUCCACUUGAGCUCACGGCUUCCCUUGAAGACGACGUUCUGCCCGACGGCACGACUAUGAAGAAGGGUGAACAGAUUUUGUACUCGAUUUACUCUUCCGGUAGGUUGGAGAGCGUUUGGGGUGAGGAUUGCCUGGAAUUCAAGCCGGAAAGGUGGAUGAAGAACGGCAGAUUUGUGAGGGAAUCGGAUUUCAAGUUUUUAGCGUUCAACGCAGGACCCCGUCGCUGCACGGGCAGAGAAUUUGCGUACUGGCAGAUGAAGUGGGCGGCGGCCUCCAUUCUUUUACGUUUUCGGGUAAAGAUUGUUGAUGAGCAUCCUGUGCUUCCUAAGUACGGUCUCGCGCUUUUCAUGAAGUAUGGUUUGCUCGCAACUAUUCACGAAAGAGAGAACGAAAAUGGUGACGGCUAAUCUCUCAAGUUAUCUACAUAUCUUAGCUCCUUAAUGAUAGUAAUAAUGUGAUUGAUCGUGUGUACUGGUACAAAGGAAUUUAUUAUUAUAUUGGUCCAGUUUGAUUGGUGAUAAAAUAAAAACAAAUUAUUAACUUUUUGAAAUGAAGAA